AAGCUGGUCAACAAGCCGUCGUCAAGUCUCUCGACGCCCAGACAUCCCCUUUCUCCCUCAAGCCCAUCCCCGGCCCCAAAAUGUCGGCUCAAAUCAGCAAAAAGCGCAAGUUCGUGGCCGACGGUGUCUUCCGUGCCGAACUCAACGAUUUCUUCACUCGCGAGCUGUCGGAGGAGGGCUACUCUGGUUGUGAUGUCCGGGUCACCCACGCCCGAACUGAAAUUAUCAUCCGUGCCACCCACACUCAGGAGGUCCUCGGUGAGAAGGGUCGCCGCAUCCGCGAGCUUACUGCCCUCGUGCAGAAGCGUUUCAAGUUCCCUGAGAACUCCCUCGAGCUAUACGCUGAGAAGGUCCAGUACCGUGGUCUCUCUGCUAUUGCUCAGUGCGAGAGCUUGAGGUACAAGCUUCUCGGUGGCCUUGCCGUCAGGAGGGCUUGCUAUGGUGUCCUCCGCUUCGUCAUGGAGUCUGGUGCGAAGGGUUGCGAGGUCGUCGUCUCGGGCAAGCUUCGUGCAGCUCGUGCCAAGUCGAUGAAGUUCACCGACGGCUUCAUGAUCCACUCUGGUCAACCCGCCUUGGAUUUCGUUGACUACGCUGUCAGGCACGUCAUGCUAAGGCAGGGUGUGCUCGGUAUCAAAGUCAAGAUCAUGAAGGGCUGGGAUCCCGAGGGCCAGGUUGGUCCCCGCAAGCCCCUCCCAGACUCUGUCCAGAUCCUGGAGCCACCACUCGACAAGAUCGUUGCGGAACCCACUUCCGAGCAGCGCGAGCCCGCCAUCAUCUCGGCACCUGCGCCGCCGGCCGAGGAACCCGCAGCGUACCAGGACAGCCCCGAUGCUUUCGCACAGUCCUACGAGCAGCCGGCCGCUUUCUGAUUUGUUUAGGUCGUAUGUACUCCUGUAUUCCAUGCUACUAGUUGAGACUGGUCCGCUAUCACGAGUGCGACAAUCCUCACCCUCAUCUUCUGCUCUGAGAAGGCUCUUUCUCACUUUUUCUCGAAUAUGAAACGUCGUUGAGUCUAUCCCAAUGAUCAAUGAAACUGAGCAUUAACAUUGAAGCACCU